AUGAAGCUCUUCGCCCUCCUCACAUCCAGCCUGCUGGCCACUGCCGUCAGCGCCAGCAUCUUCGGCAGCUCGAUUGAGGUUGCGCCGUACGACGAUGCUCUGGACGUGCCUGGCAAGAACCCGCUGCAGCACUGCCAGGACCCCAAGGACGAUAUCCUCGACCUUGAGAGCGUAGAUCUCGACCCAAACCCACCGCUCCCCGGCAAGACCCUCAAGAUCACCGCGACCGGCACGCUCUCUCAAAAUGUGACUGAAGGCGCCAAAGUGCACCUCCAAGUCAAGUGGGGACUCGUUACGAUCAUCAAGAUGACCAACGACCUUUGCGACGCGGGCAAGGAAGUUGACCUGAAGUGCCCGAUCGAGAAGGGCGAGAUCACGCUGGAGAAGGAGGUCAAGCUGCCUAAGGAGAUUCCUCCAGGCAAGUACAACGUUAUUGCCGAUGUCGAGACCAAGGACGAGGACCGCGUGACCUGCUUGACCGCUACCGUGGAGUUCAAGAGGGGAGGGAACAUGGUUGUGCACCAGGGUCUGAAGUAA